AUGAAGCAGCAGCCUACCUUGUUGCUGGCCGCUCUACUUGCAUGUGCAAGUGGCAGUUCGGUGAACCAGCAAAAGACGGCAACGCGCACUGGCACGAGUACACACUUCAAGACGCAAGAUAGUCAGGGAAACUACAGGUUCGGCUACGACGUUGUUCAUUCUUCCGGGAGCAGCUUCCACAAAGAGGAGAGCACCAACGGAGUCAAAGUGGGAUCGUACGGGCUGCGAGACGUUGAUGGCCGCGUCCGCAUUGUCAAUUACGUUGCGGACGCGCAGGGAUUCCGUGCCGACGUGCAGACUAACGAGCCUGCCGUGGAUCCCGUCAAGGACUCCGCCACAACGGGCCAAGCAGUUCCCUCUGUGGACCUGAUGGCGGUAAACGCAUCCAGCGGCGAGGACACUGCAGUGGUAGGACCGACCGAGAUACCCGCGGCGUCUUCGACGAUGGUGUCAUCUUCGGUUAGUGUCGAACCUUCUGGAUACCCGGAGCGCGCGGGAGGCGAUGUGGUCCCGCCAAAAGUCCUGAUCGAUGCGGCAGACGACGUGCCUCGACGCACCAAGCCCAGGCCUCCCGUGUUCCCGCCUCCGAAAGAGGUCGACGCUCCAAGAAGGCCUGGCCCUCCAAAACGCACUACGCUGAGGUAUCCGUUCUACGUGGAUGCAGCCGACGUGCACGUCGUCGGGCCCGUUCCACCGGCUUUCCCCCGCAGAGGCUUUCAGCUUAGCCAAGGGGGAUUCCCCUUUACGAGCCCUUUGUCGCCGGCCACGUUCGGGUACUUUCCCGCCGGUGCAACCGAGCUCCACCCGGCCGCCAUGCACCCGGCGUACUACGCCAAUGCCGCGUCUGCCUUUCUGCACUCGAUGCAACUGAGGCACUUUCCCUUCGGCCAGCUCAAGUGGCCCUACCACGCACCAUUCCUUCCACCGCCGCUUGUGGUGUUCUGACGUCUCCUUCCAGUAGGUCUCCCGUGAUGGCAGGCGAGAUCUUUUCCGCUCGUGUAUUUUGCGUGCCCACCGAGUUUAUCGCGCUUCCCUAUUACAACGAGAUGCAUGGUCUUUCGAACAAGCUUCGAGGCUUGCAGUGGUCGCGCUUUUACCCUUCCGCUACGCACAGGCUUCUCGCAUUGUUGCGCGGAAGUGUGAUCAAGGAUCUCCCUAUUCGAGGUUAAGUUCCUGCAAAUUUUUAUUUGUUUUGUUUUAUUUUUCUCACAGUGCCAAGGUUUCAAUGCUGCAAACAAAAACAAUAAUAAAUGCGUUUCCCGUGUACCAGUAUGCACCUCUUGUUACGGCAGAAAUGGAGAUUGCAAGAAAAUGUGCUUUACAGCUGCUAAUCGAUGAAUUAAAAAAAUUGAGUGACUUAGCAUACUAGACAAAGAAAAAAGAACAUUUUCUGAACGUCUCUACGUUUACAGGUUUCCUGUAAAGCCAACAUACAAUGCGUACAACUAUUACUUUAUACAUAUACACGGGCUCACGUAGCUUGUUGGAAGAAAUGUGUCUGAAAAUCAUAAAAAAUAAGCAAUAGAUAAUAUAUGCUUGCUCUCUUCAGAAUAACUUCUAAUGUGGUGGGAGACAUGUUAAAGUGACUUUCAUUAAGUUAGAUGGCGAAAAGAAUGAGGUCGUUUGCUAAGGCACACAUAUAACAGUGUCCCUUAGGUCUGCAUCUUACCGGUAUACGAAAUAGAAACGUCGAGAAUUACAAAGUAGGUUCAACUCAAGUUGAGCACGACGCAGCAAGCAAUGGAAGGGAAAAUGAUAUGUGUAACCCUAAGGGACAAGAAGGGAGCAAAUUGUUUCAGGGAACAAAUGGGUGUUAAGGACACCAUAAUGGAAAUCAACAAGAAAAAAUGGCCAUGGGCAGGGCACGUAGCGCGAAGGCAAGAAACCACUGGUCAUUAAGAAGCACAGACUAGAUUCCAAAA